GACACGCUGGUUGCUGCACGUGAUUGGUCGUCCUACAGCAGAUUAAUAACAUAGUGAUAGGCCUUGAGAGUGACUUCAUUGGAGGCAUCCCCUCAUACCGCGCCGAUUUGGCGCCCAUCGGGCGGGCAGCGCACAAGCGCCGGGCUUAAUCUACUGGCAUCAGUCCGAGGGGCUGACUUCGCUUAUUAAUAUUGGCAAGAAAUACACGACGGGUCUAGCUUUAGACACUUUGAGGGUGGCUGAACUUGAAGGAAGUGCAGCCAACUAUGGUCACAGUUGGGAGCUUAGACGCUUGGCUGGAAGUCAACAGGCAUGGCGACCAAGACCGCUCGGGCUCUUCGCGGAGGCCAGCUGCAGCUGCCCAAAGUGCUCCGACGACACCCGGAAAGGCCUUGUCGUUGAUUUCGGUUUCUACUCUGGCGCUUAGCGCGGACCUGCCUGCAACAUCAUCCACGACUAGCCUCUUGACGGCGCAACUAAGUGAUGCCGGCUUUACAGCAGGCGCUUCUGAGGUUUUGGUGAUGGACCCGACCUGCGCCAACGUCGCCCUAACGGAUCCGACCCGCGGCGACUGCGGCUCCAGCGGUAGCUACGGCGACUUCUGCCUCCUCCGUGCAGCCUCCCAGCCCGAGCUCCAACACGGCGACAGCUGGUCCUACCCGGCGGCCGGCUGCAUGCUGCUCUCCUCGCCGCUCAUGGCAACAUCCCUGUCUGCCAUAGAGGAGGACGAGGGGCAGCAGCAGAAACAACAAAAGCCAGCAGAGCAGCAGCAGCAGCACCACCACCAGCCCGUGUCGACCAGGAGCGCCUGCCUCCCCGCCCCCCGGCUCCCUAGCACCGCAGCGGCCGCAUGCAGCGACACGGGGUACUUCGACUGGGUGCACCGCGCCCCGGAGCCCCGCCGCAUGGCGCCCGCCGCUGCCGCCGGUGAUGCUGCAGGCCCCCACCCGCCGCUGCACUGCGGUGCUGCGCUGCGGUGGAGCGAGGGCGACGCAGCGGCCCCGCUGGGCCCCACCGCGGGGCCGCAUGCGACACUCCCGGCGGCCGGAGGGGACCUGGUUGUGCCCCUGCCAGCCGCCGCCGCUGCCACCGGCUGCCGUACCUCCUCCAAGCACGAUGUGUACGACAGGACGGUUCGCGGCGGCCACCCUCGGCGGGCUGCCUGCUGCUACCGUGGCAGCGGGCAGGACGCCUUCCUGACCCCGCUGCGCCGCGCCUCCUCCUCCGGGCCCGAGGUGGAGGGUGCGAGCGGGGGCGCCCCGGCGCCGCCGUACCUGCGCUGCGGGGCUCCGCCCGCCUCUGAGCUGCCGCCGCCGACCCGUGAGCCGCUGCUGCUGUCGGACAUGCUGCGGCUGGCGCUGAACCGGCGCUGAGGGGGCGGGGGCGAGGUAGUGGGGGCCGACCCCAGUGCUUGGUGGGGGGCAACAGGCGGAGGUGGGGUGCUGCCGGGGGGGCGAGUUGCCCCGCGGGAGGGCGGCGCCGCGGGAGGUGCGAGGGAGGUCGGGGUCCUGCGCGCAGGUGGCCGCGGUGGUGGGUCUGGGUGUGGGCGCGGAGGAGGCGACCUGGGUGGGGGCGACCAGCCUGCCCUGGAUGGGAGAUUGAAUAAACUGAGCCGCGGAAUCACUGACCCCGACCAUAGUUUACCGGAAGCUGGGGUGAGCAAGUGCUGAUGAGGCGGGGCUUGUCUGUGUUAUGAUGUGGUUUGUGAGCUGUAUUCAUUUUUUGGCUGCUGUGUUAAAAUAACUGGCCGCGAGGAGAAACCUGGCUGCUGUGUCUGCAUUGAUUUGCCAUAGAGAGAGAUUGAUAGAGAGGGAUAGGAGGGGAGGGAGAGAGGGUGAGAGCGCAUGUUUGUUUGUGGCGUGGUUGCAACGGCAUUGAGAUGUGCUUGUGCGUGGUUUGUGUGAAGGACAAGAGCACGAGGGGCGGGGCGGCGACCUGAGGCUCCGCAUGAAGGGUAGGUCAAGAAGUUGGUUGGAACGUGACGGCUGGUGUUCCCCACCUGAACUAAUGGCUGGUUCCUCUUCGCUGUAUGUGCGCACGGAUGUGCUGCUGCUGCUGCCGGGGUGGUCACCGCUGCGUUGCAGAGUGGAGUGGAGAACAUCACGAGGGCACCCGAGGGCUGGCAUCAUGCCGGCUCGGCGGCGGCUAUCAAGAAGAGAGAGGGGGCAUGUCGCGCGCACGAGGAAACCAUAUCCACAUUUCCUUUUUUCCAUUGUUCCUUGCUUUCCAUGCUGCAGCACAGGCCGGAGUAUCUCGGCUUGUGCAGAGGAUUUAUAGAUUAUUUAAUGGGUGGGUGUUGUUGCUGAUGUUCCCCCCUGGCUAGCGGUGUUGCUGUUGAGCUGUCCUGCUCCCG